AUAUGCCAAAUCAUUUAAUUAAAAAAACAGAACUUUUGUUACACAAAAAAAUUUUGGUAACUUUUGCACUAAUUGUUCACUUUAUAUGAAUAUACAGAGUGGAACGUCAUUCCAAAAAUAUUUAGAAACAUUUUUUUUACAGAAGGUUAUGUACAUUUAAUUACUUAUGUAAGUGUCAAACAAAAUUUUUGUGUAUAUUAUCCAUUUUUUUCGAAAAUACAAAAAAUGGAAAGUCGUGGAUCGGUAACAGAAGAGACGCAAAGUGUCGAACUUAUUUUGCAGCAGUCGCUUUUCCUUACAGCCUUUAAUGUUGCAGCAGCUAAAUUAAUGCGCUUUCUGGUUCACACGAAUUCCAUUUUAAUUUUUAUCUUUGAAGAGUUGGAUACUUUAGAUCGAAAUCUAAUGAAAAUGAGUAACUUAUACGGAUUUAUAUGUCAGCUUUUUUUCUUUUCCUUGUGCGACAUGGUGAUGUUACGUCCUUAUGUUAAAGAACUGAUGCCAGCCAAAGCGAUCACCGGUCCCACGACGCUUCUAUUUUACACAGUUUUCACCUAUUUUGUGUCUAAAGUUAGAGACAUUGUAACAAAUAACUUUAGCAUCCAUAGCAGCUACUCGAGACUGGACUUGGUGCGAUGGGUGUUCAAAAUACUCCUUGAAUGGGCGAAGGCAAUCGUCAUCGUCAUUUGUUUGAAAGAACAAGGAAUUGUCUACAAACCGAAAACCCUUUACACGAUUGUGACGUUUAUUUAUUACAUUUGUACCGAGAAAUUAUUUUUGGAACUGAUUCCUGAAAUUGUUCGUUAUUUUAACUUCGAUAUUUUCGAUUCGAUGGAACAUUUGUACGUUCCAAUCGUAAUGUACAUUUAUUCAAUAUUUGUCGGCUUUGUAGUAAUCAGUUUAAUGCUAACAAAACGACUAUCGUGGUAUACGUUAUUUGGCACGUAUUUUAUAUUGUACAUGCGUCUAAAAGAUUUGCUCUACAACUACGUAACCGUUCUUUUAUUGGAGAUAGAAACAUUUCAAUCGUUCAAGAUUGCAACAAACAAGGAGAUCCAGGAAUGGGAUGACAUUUGUGCAGUUUGCCUUAAUCGAAUGAGCAGAGCCAGGAUCACUCCUUGCAACCACCUGUUUCAUCCUCAAUGUCUCCGAAUGUGUCUACAAAAUUCUUUCAAAUGUCCUUUAUGUAAAAAAGAUUUUCUUCGCUAAAAUAAAUAUAUCUUUAUAUCUACUGCAGAUAUUUUUUUAAAGACUUGAGUAUUCCUUAUCUAAGGAAAAAUUUUCUUUCCCUACUAAAUAUCUACUACUAUCAUUACGUUGCAGUUCUCAUUUAGUUCUAUCUGCUAUUAGUUUUCUCUAACUUUUUUUCUUUGUUUAAAUAUUGAAAAAUUAAUUUAUAUAUUCCUAUAAAUUCCACUUCAUCCACCACCAAAAUUUUACUAAUGGAAUCCUUAACAUUUACUUUUGACAAUUUUUUUGCUCCUACUACUAUUCCUCUUCCCAGUUGUACCUUUUUUUUCUUGUUUUUACAGAACUAAAUAAAAACCAAUUGUAAUUAUUAUCCAAAAAGCUUUCUACAUAUACCAUGUCUUCACUGUCCAUCUAAAUUUCACUUAACGGAAUAAUCCGCAUUUUUAAAAAAUCCCACAAACUUAUUAAUUUAUUAUUAUAUAUCCUAAAUAUUUUUUAUUCCAAAAUGCAAUAA